GAUCUAUAUUUUACUUGCAGUCCUUCUUUUUGGAUGUUUCACUAAUAAUCCCCUGGCUUUUAAUGCAGAAUUGACAGUUGUCAGCUGCACGAUGGACACGCUUGUUGUCAGGGUAACAAACGCCUCAAGCACUGGGGUCAUCUACGUUCUUGGUCAAGGCGACGCUUGUCGACUAGAAACCUCUCCACAUAAAGUUUUGUACCAGUUUGAUUUCGCCCUAUGUGGCAUAUCUUGGCAACUGGUCCUGCGGAUCAUUAUACAGAAGGAGAAGAACUACCAGACAGGGGCGGACAAGAAGAUCCCGGUGUUGUGCGUGGCCGAUACCAGUGACAUCGUGGCAUCCAACCUACUGGGCGCUGACACAGUUGACAGCGCCGGUCUCAAUGUCACAGUGCGUCCAAGCGCCGGAAUGAAAUUCUUCAAGGCCGUGUCGGGGGUGGAGGUCAGCGGACACGAGGUCAAACUAUCGGACCGUGUAUUUAUGACCUUGAAAUUAGAUGCUGAGUACCAAGAUGACUUCGACAUCAAGGCGAAGUACUGCGCGGCCGGAAGUAUCGUCAUAAUUGACAACUUCUGCUCUAUUGAUCCGAGCCUUUUCCCGAACUUCUGGAGAAUGAGGCGGGGUUUUCUAAUCUCCGAGUUCGGAGCCUUUCGGGAGACAUCGUUACAAGGUGGGGUAGUCACAAUGAACUUCACGUGUGUUCUGGAACUGUGCAAAGACUACUGCAAUCCGUCAUUAUGUGGUGAUGUGUACGAUGGGUGGGGUCGAAAAAGACGGGAAACAAAAGAAGCAGGAAGUCAUCUGGGAUACAUUAUUACUUCCGGUUCAUCACGUGACUACCAGCGCAGCCGGAAGAAGAGACAAUCAAGACGCAAAGAUGACGAUAUCGACGUCGGGGCAAGAAUUGAUAUCGUGGACAAAUACUCCAGGAUAAAGGUUAUAACCAAUGAUGAUUUCUGCUGGCAGAUCUCUUCCUUCGUUUUCCUUAACGUCGGGCUCGGGCUGUGUUUAUUGGCUACCUCUGGCGGAUGUAUGUACCUCAGCUUCCGCAUAUCAGUUUACAAGAACAUCAUACAGAACCUCAAAGCCAGUAUGAAUGGAUUUUCGGCACGUGAUGUGUUGGAUCUAAAACGAGGUCAUAGCAUUCGGGGGAAUAAAUGUUGAGGCUAAGAAAGAUAAAGUUUUCAUUUCUUGAUCAAAAAUUUCUCUUCGUUUUCUGCUU